UCAAGUAGAAACACCACCCGUUCAAAUUACUUCCGGUUCACAGGCCAGGCGGACUAGAUCGAGAAGUUUCACUGUCCAUUUUGUGUAUACAAAGUACUCUUUAUCUAAUCACUGGUCAGGUUUAAGUUGUACACGCCGUCUUCAACAUGUCGUCUUCAUUGGGGACGCUGCUGGAAAUGGGAUUCCCACAGAACAGAGCAGAGAAGGCCAUCGCUAUAACCAAUGACCAAGGGCCAGAGGCAGCUAUGGAAUGGCUCCUUGCCCACAUGGAUGAUCCUGACAUUGAUGAGCCGUACCAGCCACCUCAGGGACAUGUGCUUGGGAAGGUGGAGGAGUCAGCAGCAGCUCCCACAGACCAGGAGACUGGUGCAGAAACACCUAUGGAGACAGGGGACGCUGCUGAGACAGCUACAGUGGAAAGUGAGGCUGCUGCAGAGGGGGAAGGAGAUGGGGCAGUGGAGCAGCAGGAGGCCAAGUGUCUGGUCUGCGAUGAGUGUGGGAAGAAACUCAGGACUGAAAAUGAUGUACAAAUGCACGCUGUACGAAGUGGUCAUCAGAGUUUCUCGGAGUCCACUGAAGAAAUAAAACCCCUGACAGAGGAGGAGAAACAAGAACAACUUCGCAAGGUCCAGGAGCGUCUGAAGCAGCGGCGGCAGGAGAAGGCAGAAGAAGAGAAGAAGGAGGCCAUAGAGAAGGAGAAGAUGAGGAGGAAGCAGGGCAAGGAGCUGGUCAGCAUGAAGACUCAACACGACUAUGAAAAGUCCAAGAAGCUGGUUGCUGAGAGGAAAAGAGAAAAGAUGGAGGAACGAAUGGCCAAACAAAGAGUUAAGGAUCAGAUAGAGAGAGAUAGACUGGAGAGGGCUGCCAAGUUUGGCAAGGCAGGCACACCUGUUGCCCCCCUGCCAGGUGGACCCCAGGCUGCCCCAGCCCAGCCCAAGGUUGAGACUGCAGUUGAGCCCAAGAAGGACUAUGAACAAACACGCAUUCAGGUACGGCUGUUUAAUGGCACUGCGCUGACGCAGAGUUUCAAGGUUCAGGAGGAGCUGGCCGCAGUGCGACUCUUUGUAGAGCUGAACAGAACAGAUGGAGAACAACCAUUCCAGCUCAUGACUACCUUCCCCAGAAAAGUCUUCACUGAGGAGGACAUGCAUAAACCUCUGAAAACCCUAGGACUAGUACCAUCUGCAGUUCUAGUGCUGACCAAGCUGCAGUGAUGUGAUGUCUGAGGAAAAUGACCAGUCUGCCUACCGCAUCAAGAAACACUAAUACAAGUCUCACCUACAGCUGCUAAGUAACUAAGGAAGUCAACUGCAUGGACUUAACACUACAUCAUCUGCAUUAAUUGGGAAACAGCCACGGAGAAAUGGAAUGUUUCUAAAUGUUGGAUGUGUUCUUCACUGUAAACAAUGCUGUAGCAAGUUAUCAUCUAACAGCUGGCAAUAUUUCUGUUCUUAAAUUUUACUGAAGGUUGAAAGUUGUAUUUGCCCAGGUUUAAUUGUCUUUUAAAAACAGGCUGUUCAAAUGUUGCAAUGUUGCCAUCAUCUUAUCAACCCAAAAGUGUUAAUGAAUAACAUUCAACCACAGAAACAAGUGCAAGUACAGAUAAAAGUUAUCUGGCAAUGUACUGGUUUAACUGAUUAAUUUUAUUACAGUUACUGCUGACAUUUGAGUACAAAAAAAUCAGAAACAUUAGCACUAGAGUUGUUAAGACAAAUGGAACCUUUUUCUGUUGAUUUGGGCCAAUGAUCAUCAGUCCAGGGAAUCUCAUACUGACGAAAAAGCUGUAACAUUUCCAUUAAGUAAAAUAAAUCUCCUGGAAACUUUGGUCAGUUUCUUUGAGGACCUGUCUAAAUCCUUUGUAGCCAAAUGAACUGGAAAGUCCAUUUGUGGAGCAAAAUUUGACUUAAAUUUUGAAUUUUAGUUUCAAUGAUAAUAAUCUAAAGAGAUACAUGGAAUCUUUACAUGAUAAGCAAGAGUGCUCCACUAUUAACAUUCAGUUGUACAUUACAAGUGAUAUGAUGUAUUUCUGUAAAAGCUAAGAGAUUGUUUCAGUUUGGAGUAGAAAAUGUUUCAUCUGAAAUGACAUUAAAAGCACAGUGAAAAGGG